CUGAAUAUUUAAAAAUGUUUGAUAGGGCUAUAUAAUUAUUAGUAGUUAGGUAUAAUUUAACAUUUUUAGGAAGCUACCUUAUAACUUAAUUGCAUCAAUAAUGUGUCAAAGAAUAUUUGACGUUAAAACAUAAACAAAACUCCUUAUAAAUAUAUUUUGAACAUAUAAAUAAUUUUAUCAUGUAUUUUAAGUAUUUGACUUCAAAAUAUUUUUAUAGCAUCAGGAUAAGAAAAUGUAAAGUGGGUGUUCGAUUAUUUUUUUCAGAUUCCGUUCGAGUGAGAUUUGCUCCUAGUCCUACAGGAAGUCUUCAUUUAGGAGGUUUUCGAACUGCUUUAUACAAUUAUCUUUUUGCUAAAGCUAAUGGUGGAAAAUAUGUUUUAAGAAUAGAAGAUACAGAUCGAACAAGAAUUGUUGAUGGUGCUGUUGAUGAACUUCAAGAAGAUUUGUCAUGGCUAGGAAUAGAAUUUGAUGAGGGUCCUAAUAAUAAUGGACCAUUUGGACCUUACAUUCAGUCUGAACGAUUAAAUUAUUAUAAAAAAGCAGUCAAUAAUUUAUUGAAUAAUGGUUUUGCUUAUAAAUGUUAUUGUACUGAAAAAAGGUUAGAACUUUUAAGAAGAGAAGCUAUUAGGACACGAACAAUACCCCGUUAUGAUAAUAAAUGUCGUUAUUUAGAUGAUGAAGAGAUAGAGGAGAAAAAAAACAGUACAAACUAUGUUGUGAGAUUUAAGUUAGAAAAGGAUAAUGUAAAUUUUAGUGAUAUGGUAUAUGGAAAUAAUGUUAGGAAUGUUGCUGCUAUUGAAGGUGAUCCAGUUGUAUUAAAAUCUGAUGGUUUUCCUACUUAUCAUUUAGCAAACGUUAUAGAUGAUCAUUUUAUGAAAAUAACUCAUGUAUUGAGAGGUGUUGAAUGGCAAUCGUCAACAUCAAAACAUAUUUUAUUGUAUAGAGCUUUUGGUUGGACACCACCUAUAUUUGGACAUUUACCAUUAUUAAUGAAUGUUGAUGGAACUAAACUUUCAAAACGUCAGCAGGAUAUUUCAAUAAGUUCUUAUAGAAAAAAAGGAAUUUAUCCUGAAUCCAUUUUAAAUUUUGUAGUAAGUUGUGGUGGUGGUUUUAGUUUCAACAAUUCAAAAAAUAAGAUGUGCAUUAAAACUCUUGAUGAACUUGUUGAAAAUUUUGAUGUCAACCUAAUUAAUUCAAAUUCUUGUCAAGUAUCUCUAGACAAACUUGAUUAUUUUAAUAAAAUUCAACUAAAAAUUGAAUUAAGUACAGAAUGUGGAAUGAAAAAAGCAAUUAGACAAUUGAAACAAAUUAUAAAAAACAACUUUUUAGAAAACAAUGAAAUAAGUUUAGAUUUGAAUGAUUCAUACUUGGAAAAAAUUCUAAAAUGGAGUGUUAACAGAAUUUCAAACAUCAAUCAGCUGAUAAAUGAUAACUAUAAAUUUAUUUGGAUUAAACCUUCGGAAGCUUCUAUCAAAACUAUGAACUUUGAUAAAGACUUAAUAAUGAAGUUGAUACAAAAUUUACAGAAUGUGGAAAAUUUUAAUGCUAAACAAUUAGGAAACAUACUACAGGAAUUUUCUAAGUCUAAUAAUAUUGUUUACAGUAAUUUCAUGAAAACAUUAAGAAAUAUAAUAAGUGGAUUAAAACAAGGUCCAGGUGUAAGUGAAAUGAUGGAAAUACUUGGUAAAGAAGAUGUCAUUUCCCGAUUAAAUAGAGCUUGUAUCGAGGAUUAAAUAUUUCUAAUAACAUACAAAUUUAAUUCAAAAUUAUACAUUUACUAUCAACAUUUAAA